AUUUGAUGCCAUCCAUUUCCACAUUUCCAGUCAUGUUGUCCCGUGUGCUCCGUUCCGUUGCCCGUGCGCCUGCCGCGUCCGCGUUCUCCCGCCGAUGCUUCACCACCAAGUUCGCGCCUUCGCACGAGUACCUCACCAUCGCCGGCAACCAAGCCACCAUCGGUAUUACCGACUUUGCCCAAAACGCGUUGGGUGAUGUCGUGUACGUUGAAUUGCCUGCCAUCGGCGACCAAGUGACCAAGGGCGAAGUGUUCGGCUCGGUCGAAUCCGUGAAGGCUGCCAGUGACGUGUAUGCCCCCGCCUCUGGCAAGGUCGUUGAAAUCAACGAAGACUUGACCAGUGAACCCAGUUUGGUGAACGACGGUCCCCAAACCACUGGUUGGUUCAUCAAGAUUGAGCUUGACGAUGUCAGCGAAACUUCCGACUUGCUGGACGAAAGCGCGUACCAAGAACAUUGCGACAAGGAUGACCACUAGAUUGAAUUCGUCACUUGUUGUCUAGUAAACUUUUGUCCACCUCCUA